AUGAAAAAAUUCGAAAAGAUGACAUCAUUAGCGAAAUAUGAAGAAUGGAUGUCAAAGACUGGUUGGAAGAAAGGCAGUGGUCUUGGAAAGAACGAAGAUGGUGAUACUAACUUUAUUGAAGUAAAUAAAAAGAAUAAUAAUGUUGGUAUUGGUGCAACUAAAUUCAAGUGGGAUGAGCUUUGGUGGGACAACGUCUAUACCAACACAUCUAAAAAGAUAGGUGAAACAGAAGAGAGUAUCGAUAACAGUUUAUUUGAGACCGGUUAUUCAAAUAGAUCAAAAGAGAGAAAAGCAGAGCUAGAAAAAGAAAGAAAAGCUUAUGAAAAUGAUAGUAGUGAAGAAGAUGAUGAAGAUAAUGAUAAUGAUAGUGAUGAUAGUGAAGAUGAUAGUAGUAGUAAGAAUAAUAAUAAUAAUAAUAAUAAUAAUAAUAAUAAUAAUAAUAAUAAUGGUGGUAGAGCUGGACUUGGUAGUGGAAAUAGCAAUAGUAAUAGUAGUAGCAAGUCAAAAGUUUAUCAUGGUCAAUUUAAGAAAUCAAAGGUACAAACUUUUGAUGUUGCAGACGAUGAGGAGGAAGAGCUGAAGAAACAAGCGGAUCUACAGAAGAAAAUGAAAGAUGAAGAUAAGAAGAAAUCUGUUAAUAUCAAUGGAAAGGUAUCUGAUAUGACAAGCGAGACAUUCGAAGCAUGCAAAGGCAGAGUUUUAAGAAAGUACGUUCCACUUGGAAAGUUGGCUAGACUUCAAGAACAAGAGAAGAAUUUCAACAAUAACAACAGUAACAACAACAAUAGUACCAAUAAUAACACUACCACUACCACUACCACUACUAUAGUUUUAAGUAAAUCAGAGAAGUUACAACAAAUACUUAAUAUUACAGAAUCAUCAAGUUCACAAGUUAAAUCAACAUAUAUUGCUGUUGUUGUUGAUGAGAAAAAAGAGAACAGUAAAGACAAGAAAGAUAAAAAAGAAAAGAAAGAUAAAGAUAAUAAAAAGAGAGAGUUAGAUCAACAAGACAGUAGUAGUGGUAAUAGUGAUAAGCAAGUUGUUAAGAAAUCAAAGACAUCCACAUCAACAAGCUCAUCAUCAUCAUCAGAAAAAAGUUUAAAAAAAGAAAAAAAGAAAGAAAAGAAAGAGAAAAAGAAGAAGGAAAAGAAGGAAAAGAAAGAUAAAUAA